GGCUGGCAAAAGAGCUGGGCAUUGAGACCUAUAAAGUGAAUGUAGAUGGCUAUUUCGUCCAUUACAAGUGGGUAAGUAUUAUGUCUUUCAUGUUCAGAUGCUUAAAGAUAACACUGAAUUUUGGAAACUGCUGGCAGUCAUUCAAGGGGUUUCAUUUAAAGCUUGCUCUUGGGAAUCCCAUAAGCACCUGCUUGAAGUGUUGUUACCCUCCUUUAACUUGCUGGCAGUUAGAUCAAUGAUUCUUGUUUUCUUUUGAAAAGGCCUCAAAAAAUUAGACAUAUGGCUUUCUAAAAUUUUGGGAUACAUUCAGCACCUGUUUAUCUUUUCACACAUUCUCUAAGGAAUUGUUGCCUGAAAAUUCUCUUUCUGAAAUACAAGCCCAGUUCAAUACUGGAAAAAGAAUAAUGCUAUUGGGUAAUAUUGAAUAAUGAUAUUAAACAACAGUAUUACGGGACUAGCCUUGGAGUACUGUAAUGUAUUUGGCCCACUUAUGUAGCUAGCUUCAUGUGAGAUCUCUCCCAGUCCCUUAGAGUGGGAUUCGUCUUACAUAAAAUUGGAUGUCUAGAAAUUGCACACUUGCUGAGAUCCUCUGGCUCAUGGUGAGGAACAGGCACUUCCAAGGCUCACCAUAAACGUUGUAUCUGAUAUGUAAGAUUGAGGGAGUUCGAAUGACUCCUUCUAGUUAGGUAUGGCUAAAUGGCUAAAGUGAACUGAAAUGAAAACUAGCUUUAGAGCAGUUUUUCAGCUCUUGUCUUAGCUCUUUAGCCCACCAGUUUUUCACUCAGGUCCUACUCAGGACAAGUACAGAGGGAGAGUGGUAGAGAGAGGGACAAAGGUAUAAGGUGCAGAGUGUCCAUCUUCAUAACUCACGAAUUACUUUCCAUUAUUUUCUUUUCUUUUUCUUUCUUUUUUUUUUUUUUUUUGUUUGUUUGUUUGUGUUUGACAAACCAUUUUGUUUUGGUACUUCCCAGACAUCGUCAGAACAAGGCUUGAAGCCUGUGUGAGGCAGGAUUGACCUACUUGAUAGAGGCAUGUCUAUGUGGUGGAUCCUUAACUGAUUUAAUUUUUAUUAUCUUCCCGCUUUUUCUUCCUACUAUUAGAGCAAUAAGCUUAUGCUGGAAAGUUUAAUGGCCUACUUCUGUAGUUUCUCAUUACUGGAGAGAUUCAUGCCAUGCUCAUAAAAUAGCCACAUCUUAAAUAAUUCUAUAGUCACUCCACUCAAAAUAUUAACUGCACCACCUGGUGUAAAGUUGACAUAGUUCUAUGGCAAGAGAGCUGGGCUGAUUUUACCAGCUGCAUGUUUGGCCUACUGUAUUUAAUUUGAGCACACACGUGGAACUCUUUGAUUCUUAAAAGGCACUUAUCUUCUGUGUGUUAAAUAAAAGGCUCUAACAGGUUUCAUGAAUUUGAGUCCUUAAUCCAUUUUGACACCGAAGAUACAGCUUUUUCUGUCCCUUAUUACAUUAUGCAUGUCCUUGCUAAUGACCAAGUAAUUUUGUAAGUUUUCUUUGAAGUGGAAUCAUGUUCCUAAGCAAGAGGUGGAAUUAUGAGCUGUUAGCUGGAUCACAGGCUGUGGAUCAAUUCUAGAUUGGGCAUUGUGGUCAUGCCAAGCAAACCAAAGUUCCCAAGAGAGGCGUAGCUGUUGAACACUGAAUAAAUAAUAAUUAUGCUUUUCCUCCAAUAGGUCUCAUUCCUCCCACAACCUCUUCCCAUGAGUUGCAGGCUUUUUGUUUUCUUUUCUUUCCCUAAGAUUUUUCACUGCUUUUUCUCCUUACUCCUUCUCCGAGAGCUAAUGUAGUCACCGUAUCCUUUGUUUCAGGGAUUUGUUGCUGAACUAUCUCUACAUCCCACUUCUGCUUGAAACUUUUUGAAAACGAACUAUGCAGUCCAGGCUGUUGGCUACGUUGAUGAGUGCUCAGUGAUCUUAGGGCUUCUACUUUUUAUCUAUCAUGCACUGACAGUGAAAGUUCCUGGUGGGCAUUUGUGCUUUCUUUGUUGUAGGUGUACAUCUCAUAUUCAUCAGAGGUGCUUAGGGAACCCAAAGUAGUAUUUCCUAGAUGAUAAAAAAUGUGUUACUGAAGAAAUGAAUUGAUAUUAGAGGAUAUUGCCCCAGAAAUUCAAUAUUAAUCUAGAAGAGGGAUGUGUUCAGCUUCUUGAAUACUGACACAGUUGAAUACAACUGUGGGCCAGCUGCCCCUCAAGUUUGAGGAGUCUGACUGAAGACUUUUCCCCUUGCAUCUCCUCUACUUUUUCUGUCCCUUAACAGCUGUAGAGGAGCAUGGAGACAGUGUCAGACAGGAAGGGCUCUUCCCAAGGGCCUAUCUCUGGACUCUACAGUUUUGUCAGAGGUGAGAGGGAGAGUUGUGUUGAGGAAAGGCUGAACAUUUCUUUAGAUGUAGUUCUGACAGUUAUUCGUUCAAUCAUAUACGAACCCACCAUGCCCAGAUGAAAAGAUUUUUGGCUGUUUGUUUACCACAAUGGUCGGUUCAGUUUGGCUCCUUCUGCAGGUUUCCAGGAUACAGCUUGGGCUGGGUUAGGGAAAAGUAGAAAAGUGAUUUAUCCAGAAGGGAAAGCUGCCAAGGGAAAGUGAAAGUCCCCCCAUGGGACUUCAUGAGCUGCCCUGCUCUGGAUGGAAUUUUUCCAGUAUGUUUGUGGAAAAAUCUCACAUGCUAGAUGCUUUAGAAACUACAUUGCUUGGUGUGGACAGGUUUGCUUUGUAGUCAUGGUUUAUUUGAAAUUCCAAAUAUGUAAUUAUAGUUUAUAUUUUCUUUUAUAUAUUCAUUCUCUCCCAUCAGUUAGCAUGGUAACAUGAACUGCUUUGAUAUCAAUCAGAAACAUGUUUGUAUCCUGUCACUGAAAAUCUGUGACUUCUGGGCGUAGGUUUUGUUGCCAGACUUUCUUUCCAGCCAGAGUGCUCCAUGGCUGCUCUCCCAUAGUUCAUAAAGAGCAUUUUUGGACUGAGAAAAGGCAGAUGUGCUGAGGUUCUCUCUUUCCAGAAGGGGAAGAUAGCUUUGCUUUUUUACAGAGGUCCUUGAAGGUUGCUGUGCUCCAUUUUCACCUUCUUUUUAGCAGAAGACCUUAGAAUGUAAAGGCAUUCAUGCUUUGGCAUAGUAUUAGCCUUCUCGUGCGACAGCAGUCCUCUAGGUGCCUGGCUGCAUCACUCAACUCCACCUGACAGCAGUAAAUAAGGACUGGUUUUGCUUAUUUGUUUGCUUACCAAACAAACUUAUCACUGUAUAUCUGCAGUCCAAGCAUGGGAAUCAAUGGUAGUCCCAGGUACUGGGAGACCUGCUGGAGGUAUUUAUCAGGGAGGAGUGCACACCAGAGGACUCAUACCUUAAGGAGCUGCUGCCACAGCUGUGCACACUGUAUAUGGCCCAGGAGCAAUAGGAGUCUUGUUCUUGGAGCGCAAUAAAUGUUCCUUCUGUGCUUCUGACACAUAGAUGGUCUCAGUACAGGGGGCAGGAGCCAGGCUUUUGCCACAAGCUGGGAAAAACCAAGGUACUUGUAGAUGAUAGUUGUACAUAACUUUGUUUUUCAAAGUAAUUUGAUUUUUUCACACCUUCAUAAACAGAAAGACACCACCGAUAAUUAAAUAGUCUAUUUAUUUCAUAGAUAUCAUCAGAGAUCUUAGUAGUUAAAUCAAAAAGUCAUUAAGGUUGGAGAAGACUAUCUAGACUAGACUGCCAUCUAGUCCAACCAUCCACCUGUUGCCACCAUUCUCACUGAACAAUGUUCCUAAGCAACCUUCUCCAUUCCUAGGGUGGUGUCACCACCUGGGCUAUAUUCUUGUAGCAAUGGCUACAGGCUGCAGCUUAACCCUGGGCAAAGAGAAGACAGAUUUUGGAUGGCACAGCAUCUUUCUGAGGCCUUCUUGCUAGUCGUGGAACUACAAUGCCUGGGGAUAUAAUUUCUUUGGAUUGAUUUGGGAUAACUAAUCCAGGCAGGCAGCAGGACACAACUCUGAGGUCUGCAGGAAAGUAUUCAACAUGCCAGGAAAUGGAAAAAAGAAUUAGAUAAACUCUGUGAGGCGAUCAAGCAGCCUUGUGUUAGCAUGGGAACAAAGCCAGGAGGCUGUUUGCCUUUCAGUUAAGAAAACAGUAGUUCCCAAAAUAAUCUACCCAGAACACUAUAAAUUUGUUUAAAAAUGGACUCCUUCAGGAUCUUGGCUGUUUGCAGCGACCUUCUCUGUGAAGCAUGCGACCAGAGCUCCUGUGCCUUGCAGGGAGCCAAUAUUAAAAACCGAUGAAUAAUUCACCAACCCCAUGCCAUAUGGGCUGGAUUAGUCCCUGCUAUGGAGGAACUUCUGUGAACAAAGAGAUCUGGCUCUCUGUCUGGUGGACAGUGGGAAUUUCUCUCCUGGAACUUACCCUAGGCAACCCUACAGGCUUGGGAGAGAGUGGCUGGAAAGCUGCCUGAUGGAAAGGGACUUUGUUGUUGUUAUUACAGUUUGUUACAGUAGAAGCUAUAGCAUGUAGUUGGCCACACUAAAUACAUUUUUUUUGGUCAAUUUUUCUGUGUCUGAACAUGCAGUGAGAAAUAGGCUGCCCAGAGAAGCUGUGGUGCCCCAUCCCUGGAGGUACUCAAGGCCAGGUUGGAUGGGGCCCUGGGCAGCCUGAGCUGGUGGGGGCCAGCCCUGCCCAUGGCAGGGGUUGGGGCUGGGUGGGAUUUAUGUUUGAAUACUGCUUAGGGAAAAGGAAGGGAGCAUUCGUUUGCUGGUAGUUUGUAGGAGCAUUUUCACUGUUCUGGCUGUGGCAGGAGUUUGUUUUGCAUGCAUACACGCACCUGGAGAAAGCUGGAGCAACCUUGGUAGCCAACUUGUACGUACUCGGUUCUCCCCAUGGCUUGGUCUCCUGCCCAAGUACUCCUCUUUCUGCUGUUGCACCUGCUCUGGGGAAGGGAAAAGUUGACCAAAAUGUGAGAGUUUGGCUUUUCUUACUACUUCUCUCAAGUCUGAAAGUUCAGUAUGCUCUCCAAGUUUCAUCUUGAGCCAUUUAUUUUUGUUAAGAUCUUUGCAAAGAAAUGGUCUGAAAAAAUAUCAGAAAUCUGCACACAGUUAUCAGUGGGGAAGACUUUGGCAGGUUGGCAUGGCAUGUGCAUUGCACAAGAAGCAUAUUAAAUACAGCAUAGCACCACAGCUCCUACCUGCCAUGGUCCAACGUGUUCCCUGCAUCCUGCCAUGUGACCUGUGCAAACUUCUGACACACCUGGAAAAGCAAAUAUUUAAAAGUUCUGGUGAGACAUUUGCACUUGAGUUACAUGGGAGAUGGUUCAAAGCAAUUUAAUAAGAGAGAAUGCUGCCCGCUCAUCCAAUCCUCUUUCAGAUUAAUGUUAUCAGAAAGAACCAGCUGCUGUUAGAUUGUUUUGCUUAUCUUUAUAUCACAGAAUUAUCUGUAAGUGGUCUGUAUUCCUGUUGCAGCUGUGUGUCUUGAGCAUUGGAAAGUCACGUCCAUUCAUGAGUCUUAACCCUCCAACAUGGAAUCCCUUCGUGUAUCUGGAUUACAAUAACUUCUGGAGGACCAUGGACAAGAUGGGAAAAGAGAUUCCUCCUGAAGCACCAUGGGACGCUCCACAUGCUGAAAAGUGGGACAAAAUGACCAUGAAAGAGCUGAUAAAUAAGAUUUGUUGGACCAAAGCUGUUAAAGACUUUGCCACCCUCUUCGUGAAUAUCAACGUCACGUCUGAGCCUCAUGAAGUCUCUGCUCUCUGGUUCCUGUGGUAUGUGAGGCAGUGUGGUGGCACAGCCAGGAUAUUCUCUGUCACCAAUGGGGGCCAGGAGAGGAAGUUUGUUGGGGGUUCUGGUCAGGUAUCAGAGAAAAUAAUGGAGCGCCUCAAAGGCAGAGUUAAACUGGAGAGACCUGUAGUCUGUAUUGAUCAGACAGGUGAUAAUGUCAUUGUGGAGACUCUAAACCAUGAGACGUAUGAGGGCAAGUAUGUAAUCUCUGCUAUCCCUCCUAUCCUGACGACAAAGAUUCACUUCAAACCAGAACUGCCACCAAAGAGAAACCAGUUAAUUCAGCGUUUGCCUAUGGGAUCUGUCAUAAAAUGCAUGAUGUACUACAAGGAAGCCUUCUGGCAGAGGAAGGGUUUCUGUGCUUCUCUCUUAAUUGAUGAUGAAGAAUGUCCAAUUGGAAUUACCUUGGAUGACACAAAACCCGAUGGAUCUUUUCCUGCUAUUAUGGGUUUCAUCCUUACCAGGAAGGCUGUUAAACUGGCCAGUCUCAGUAAGGAGGAGAGGAAGAAGAAAAUCUGUGAGUCAUAUGCCAAGGCAAUGCAGAUGGAAGAGGCUUUACAUCCAGUGCAUUAUGAAGAGAAGAACUGGACUAUGGAGCAGUAUUCAGGGGGCUGUUACACAGCCUACUUCCCACCUGGCAUAAUGUAUUCAUAUGGAAGGAUCAUUCGCCAGCCCGUUGACAGAAUCUACUUUGCUGGCACAGAGACGGCUACCCAAUGGAGCGGGUACAUGGAGGGGGCUGUACAGGCAGGAGAGAGAGCAGCCAGAGAGAUAUUAUAUCAUAUGGGGAAGAUCCCCAAGAAUGAAAUUUGGAUGCCAGAGCCAGAGUCAAAGGAUGUCCCAUCCCGACCAUUCACCACCACCUUCUGGGAGAGGAACCUGCCAUCAGCGCCAGGACUGCUCUGUCUACUUGGGUCUACUGUGUUCUUCACCUCUGUGGCUGCUGCAGUGCUGUUUGCCUCUAAAAAGGGACUAUUACUUCAAAAGUAGUGCAAACGAAAUGUCCAGCCAAAUCUACAUACUUGCUCUUCUUCCCUUUUACCAGAUGAGGGUUAUUUUUGUAGAGAAGUGACACGGACAACUGGAAAGUGCAAGAGGUGUUCUCCUUGUGAUUUUCUUUGUAGUACCAUAAUUAAUGCAUUAAACCUACUGCAACGGCUACCAGCAAAACAAAACUAAAUCAACUGUGGGGGUAUUUUUGAAAAUUGCCUUUUCCUUGUCCAUUUGUUUUGAUUGGACGCAUUUAUAUCAAUGUUGUAUUCCUAAUAGAGGGAAGGCAAAGGAAAAUCUUUCCCAGAAAGUGAAGAGCUCUUGGAAUAUGCAUUCAUUUCCACUUGCUGCUUUAUUUUUUGUCACGAGUUAGUAGGUGCCCUUAUGUAUUCACUUCAGUUAGUCAUUCAGAAUAUUGGAGGUUUCUUCUAUAGCAUCCCUGCUGCAGACCAGAGAUUAGCAUGCCAAUCAGGCACAGAAUUGUUAAAUUAAUUUCCAAAGGCAUUUGAUUAAUUAUUAAUCAUCACAAUGUGAAACUUUACUAUCAGCUGUAUGAAAGAAGAUAAUUAGCAUGAAGUGGAUCGUUAAAGAGCGAGAAUGGAAGUGCACGUGGACUUUGUUCUGCCCACAGCUGAGCGAGUAGCAACACUGUGUGGCUGCAAAAGCCUUGUAGGGUAGCAAGCCUCACGCUUUGCAACUCUUCCAUGGAGCAGCUCUUGGCUGCUUCCUGGCCCAAGUGCCAUUGAUCCAGCCUGGCCAGUGGCUGUUAAUGUGGAGUGAAGUGAAUUAGCAAAGCUGAAGCCCUUCUGACUUGCAGCACAUGCUCACUGUUAUGUUCAGAACGUCAGCAGUUUCCUGGCUCCCUGUCAAUUUGCUGUCCCUCCUAUUGCUCAUAAUCUGUACUGCCUUCCUACAGUAAGGAGAAAUAUAUUUGGGGCUUGAAUUACUGCCUUGUAAAUUACAGUAAUUGGAUGCAUCUGCCUGUUCCGCUCUUAUUAUGUACAUGACACACUUAAAAUAAUCACUUUAGUGUUAACUGAAGUCUGGGAUAUGUGUUUCACAACGUACCGUCAUUACGCGGUCUUUUUGCCGUGAAAUGUGAGCACUGUAUGUGUCCACGAACUCCAUUGUCAUUCAGCAUCAGUGAAAUGUGCCUUUCAAUAGUCCGGAAACCUUGAUAAGAGGAUCUGUUCUAUAAACUUUUCUUCAUAUUCUU